GAUAUUUUCCCAGUUCUAGUUGUUAUGUCAUAAAGCCAACUGUGAUCUAAAUUAAAAAUUAAAAAUGAAAGCGGCUCAAAAAGCGAUUAGAUGGUUCACGAAUAUGAGUUUAAAUAUAAGGCCUAUCGCAUUGACUCGAUCACAUUUUACCUACUAUCCCUCUGUUUUAGGAACUGGAGUAAAAAUGAAUAUGUUCAACGCCAUAAAUAAUGCAUUGGACUUGGCCCUAAGCGUUGACAAAUCGGCAUUGUUGUUUGGCGAGGAUGUUGGUUUCGGUGGAGUAUUUCGGUGUUCAGUUAAUCUUCGUGAAAAAUAUGGUAAAGAGCGUGUUUUUAAUUCUCCGCUAUGUGAGCAAGGCAUCGCAGGUUUUGCAAUUGGUGUGGCUAAUACUGGAGCUACCGCAAUAGCUGAAAUUCAAUUUGCGGACUACAUAUUUCCGAGUUUUGACCAGAUAGUUAAUGAAGCAGCCAAAUAUCGAUACCGAAGCGGAGGCCUCUUCGACUGUGGAUCAUUAACUUUUAGAGUUCCUUGUGGUGCUGUGGGUCACGGAGCACUCUACCAUUCCCAAAGUCCAGAAGCAUACUUCGCUCACACCCCAGGUCUUCGCGUUGUAGUUCCCCGCGGACCGAUAAAAGCGAAAGGUCUUCUCCUUGCAUGCAUUCGGGAUCCAAACCCUUGCAUCGUUUUUGAGCCCAAAACUUUGUAUCGAGCAGCUGUUGAGGAAGUGCCAACGAAAUACUACACAUCGGAACUCGGCAAAGCUGACAUACUGCGGAAAGGAAAAGAUGUCACACUCAUUGGCUGGGGAACACAAGUACAUGUGCUUUUAGAAGUUGCUGAACUGGCAAAGAGAUACUUUAAUAUAGAUUGUGAAGUUAUAGAUUUAGUCUCUAUUUUGCCAUGGGACACUAAUGCUAUAUGUACAUCUGCAAAAAAAACUGGACGAGUAAUAAUUGCGCAUGAAGCUCCACUAACUCAAGGAUUUGGCUCAGAACUGGCAUCAUAUAUUCAAGAAAAGUGUUUUUUGAACUUGGAAGCACCCGUUAUGAGAGUGACCGGCUGGGAUACUCCAUUUCCUCAUGUUUUUGAGCCCUUUUAUUUGCCUGAUAAACACAGAUGCCUAUCAGCUAUAACAGAAAUUUUUAACUAUUAACACUACAAGUUACACUACUGGGGUUAUUUGUAUCGUUAAUAACCUGAUUUAAAACUGUUUAAUUUGGAACGUUUUCUCUGUUCGAAACUUGUAAUUUUAGACUUUUGUUCAAAAUCGUUGGUAGUAAUGUUAAAUGAGGCUGAAUAAAAUGCAUUUAUUUACAAAAUUGUCCUUUACAAGUUCUGCAACUAAAAAAGCUUAAUUACAACUAGGUUUAUGAAACAAUUGAUAAAUUAUAUUGUAUUGGUAUCGAGGGACCUAAUACUCAAUAAAAUGUAUAUUCUUUUUUUGAAA